AUGAGUGGAAGGUCGUACGGCAUGCGCAGCCCAACCCUUGUCAUAUUCGUGGCGUCCAAAUGCAGGGUCACUUUUAUGGAGUCGUUCUCCGAUGUUUGCAGUGGCUUCUCAGAGGGGGUAUUGCGCUUGAAGCAAGGGAUCAUCUUGACAUGGUUGGUUAAUGAGCUGUCACUGCACUCCUCUAUAUUUUCCUCGCGGAAAAGGUCCGGCCAGAUGAGAAUGCCUAUCUCCCAGCUGCAGAUUCUCACCUCCCCGUGGGUAUUAGCCCCAGCUCCCCAUGCUUGGGUCGAGAGGUUAGCGGAUGUAAUCAUUGCCCAAUCGAUGCUGUCCAUGUCUGAAUCGGAAAACCGGAUGUAA